CCUAACUUUCACCAUUUUUUAUCAAGUACUUUUAACUUCGCUUUGUUGUUCAUCAGUAUUUUUGUGUUUCGGCCUAAGACUGAAAUUGAAACUAAAAUCGAAAAUCGAAAUGAAAAAUUGCGGCUCUCGUAUCUUGGCGUGUUAUUACCAUUUAAGAUAGCAUCAUUUAUUACUUCCGGUCUCGUGCAAGAGAACUUAUUUGCAGCUGGUCCGUUUCGCCUCAUCGAUCGCUUUCCUUUUACAUAUAUUGAGUUCAAAUAUUGUAGGAAUAUAUAAUUUCUCGGCGGAGACACAGUAAGAGGUGAUCAAAGAAUCGAAGACACUUCAGCAGCUUUUAACUACCACUUUCGUUUAUCUCUCUCUGCUCUGUUCCUCUUACUAUUUGCUUUAUUCUACACGCACUCUAUCAUGCAAAAUUAACCUUGUGUAAGAAGAAAUGUAUUUGUCAAAUAGACAUCCAAGUCCAUCAACAAAAUAAAUGCGAGAACUGAAAACUGUUAAAAAAGCAGUAUUUUAUGGUGAGCAGUAAUCGUCUUUGACCUGUAAUGCGCCUUAAAAUGAUUAGAAGCGUUUGAAUAUCUGUUUGAAUCACGUGAAAUAACGAAUUAACGGUAUAUAGGAUACAUUUUUCAACGGCUUAAAGCGAAAUACACAGUUCGCUCCUAACGGCGUUUAAUUAAGAGAGAGGGUUGGAGGAAGAAACACAAGGCAUUUGAAUCUGAUUAUAUUGUUUAUAUUAUUCGAGACGAGCGCUAUCGACGCUUCUCGUAAUUAAACUUCCCUAUAAUGUAGAUCUAUAUUUAGACACCACCCUCGUCUGAGUGAUCAAACAAUAGUGACAGGUGUUUGUAAUACUAUGGGCUUAGCCAGUCAUCUUUUGAUGGUAGAAAAAUAACCAGUCUGCGUCAAAGAAAGGAAAGUAUAACAAACAUUUUCUAGCCGGAUAUUUUUCAAUAAGCACACAUCUCCGUGGUUUUGUAUGACUCUCUUGAGCUCGAAAUGUAGCCAUCUCUUGUUCAACGGAUCACAGCACAUCGAUUAGAUUGUCAGUGGGGCAGUAAAAGUUUCUUUGUUUUAAUGUUUACCGCAAAGGUCGCCCUCUGAACGCUAUAAUCCUGAACUGUCUGCUUCAGUUAACGUCUUCUAAAUUUGGCGAGAAUUGGUGCAAUGACUGACAACAUGGCGGCCCAUAACCAAUGCGAUAAUGCUUCAUUCACAGAUGACGAAGCUUAUACCUGCAACAGGGUGCAAGAGAUGACUUUUUUGAUUUCCUAUGCACUUGUUGGCGUCGUAAUGUUCUUCGGAAACUCCUUCGUGUGUUUGGUCUUUCUAGCCUCCAAGAAACUACGUCGCAACUUUAUGAAUAUUUUCCUGUUGAGCCUGUCAGUUUCUGACAUGCUGAUGGCGUUGCUUAUCGUGCCAUUUUACACCGUGCACUGUUUUCGAGACUGCUCACACGUUUUAACUCCGUAUUGCUGGCUUUUGAGGAAGGCCAGAGACUUUGCUUUGACCGCUACGAUGUUAAACACGUGCGCUAUAUCCUAUGAUCGAUACCUCGCCAUUCUGCGGCCGCUACAGUAUGGAGUGAAGAUGACCAGGCUCAGAGUUGGAGCUAUCUUAACGUUCGUGUGGCUGAUACCUGUUGUGGUAGCCGUCACACGGAACUUCUGGCACCAUUCGGCGCAGGGCGAAGAACGCCGGCAUCUUACAGUCAAGUUGUACGAUGUGGCCGUAGUGAUCGUGCCCGUUAUUCUCUUCCAGACCGUAAUUUUGGCGGUAAACAUUCAGAUAAUCCGCAAAAUCCACCAGCAUAAAAAAGCCACUCGCAAGACUGACGUUACGUCAUGCCCGAGCGAACUAACGCGAGAUCUGAAGGAAAUUUCCAGACUGAUAAAGGGGACUACGUCUUGUGUUUUAGUCGUUUUAACAUUUGUAAUAUCUUGGCUGCCCAAAGCUGUGCAUAAUUUUAGCUAUGUGUUCGAUUCUCCGGACUCUGUCUUAUCGAGUCCACUGUUCUUCCGAAUCUGUUUUCUUUUCUUAUUUAUACAAUCUUGUUUUAACCCUUUUAUUUACACGGUUUACAGAGCUCAGUUUAGAAAAACUGCUCGAAGUGUUAUCUCGAAGUGGUGUUGUUAAGUUGAAGAUCACAAUAACAAUAAGAGGAAUAAAGAAGAGUUUCCGGGCUUUUCUCAAACUUUGAACAUGGAAGACUCAGAAUAUGACGAAGAGGAGCCUUCAUGCAAGGUCGUUGUCUAUAUUAGUCAAAGACCGGUUAAGUUAUCACAAAACGCUACCAAAAAUCAAAUAAGGCUUAGUUCUUCUUUAACCGAAAAAAAAAAAAACUGUAGCUGAGAGUAUCAUUUUCUUAUUUUUUGUCUUUAUAACUCAGUGGUGUAGUCUCUUAAGAAGAUUAUGUCUUUGACAGUUAAAAUGAGAAUUUGAACUGCUGGAGUGAGCAAAUCAAACAGAAUGCAAAAUGACUGUUACCGUGGGUUAUCACGAGUGUCGUGUUAUCUCUCGUUCAUCAGUCGGUAAUUUCAGGUAAGACAUAACAACAGAUAAUUAUACAUGGCCUAGUCAAAACCCCGUCAAAACUGAAUAUCAAUGACGAUGCAAUAGUCAAUAAAUAUCCAAAUGAAAACUGAAGUUUCUAUUGAGUAAUUAUCCGAAAACUUGCGAGCUCCGUAGAAUUACCUUUAUGAUCUAUGUAAUGAGUCAACUUGAAGGGGUUUCAACUGAAUUUAAUGAAAGAAACUGUCUGUUUGUAGCGACAUUGGUGAUUUGGUUCGCAAACAAACCCUGCCUGGCUUUUCAAAACCGAAUAAUUAAUUACUACUGCCCACACAGAAUUGAAGGAAAAGUAACUUUCAUAAAAGCGUUCCCUUUACAAUUCAGUUGUUA